AUGUUUGAGGAGGUGGUUCCCGAGGAACGCUGGAUAUCCUCCUUCAACGUUGGGAUGCACCUGCAGUCGGAUGGAUCCGUGGAGAGGAGACUAACGAUGCGCUUGGUCGAGUUGCUAUUCUUUCAGAUACAAGGAAUUGCAUGGUGGAGACCCGCCAGCGACGGACUUUCGUGGUGGUCACUGGUAGCGUUGAUGGCAGCUGUCGCAUGGCGAGGAGGCUUCUCGCGCGGCAAAGCUCUCGCAUGUCCACUCAGCCCGGCAGUUGCGGCCCUAUCAGACCUGCCACACGGACAGCCACUGCGACGUGAAUGUCAUUCGAAGAUGCGUUGGAAUUCUUUUUGGACAGCUUCCGCUGCUGCUCUGCUGACGAGACGCCAGGUCCGCACAAAGAGCAGCGUGACGGUCUUUGGAACGUCUUUAACACGCAUGAGCGGAGCGCUUGUCGCCCGGACCAGUGACCAAGCCAGAAGUUCGAACGAAGGGCAAUAUGCCUGGGCGGAAGGCGUGUUGGAUGAAGUUCCGCUUCGACCUGCUUACUUGGCCGAACGACUGGCACCAGCUUUACCACCAGCCGGCGACCUUGCAGAAGCGUCGUCCUGUGCUGCAAGAUUGCUGGGUGAGCUUUCCUUAGAAGUGGCCCACAUCCUGACUCUACCAGCGCUGCAGCGGCAUGCUCGGUUGGAUGGUCUCAUGGAUUUGAGCCCGAUCCCUGCUGAUAAACGGAGGGCCAGAGAGCAGAGAAGGCGCCUUUACCAAGCCUUGGACAACAUGGUGAGAUGGUUUCUGCAUGAUCCCGAAAGUUAUUUGGAAGUUUCAGGUGAUGCAAGCACCGAAGAGCUUCGGACCUUCGCAGCUUCUGCCAUCAUUCGAAAACGAUCUUUGCGGAGGUUGAGCCAGAGCAACGUUGCCUUCUCAACCCGACCGCCUUCAGACGUCAUUCCGAGCUCUGAAGAAGAACCCGAUGUGGAUGCUGCAGCUGUGCACGGCCUGAAGCAGUGGAGUAAGGCCUUCAAGGAGUGGUGCUUCGAAUCAGUCGUGUGUUACUUCCUCUUGGACACCGAAGUCCGGUCGCGGUGGCUCACCGGUGGACGAGCUGAGCGGUCUCGUGUCAGUGUCUUGACCGGUGAGCUGCGAAAGGCUGUCGCGGCCAAGCGCUUAGAGGGUUCGCUUCCGCUCAUCCAGGAGGAAUUCGCUUCUUUGAUCCGGCAGCUUGCGGACAGGGUCUUGGUGGAUCGCCCACGGGUGUUGGAUGUCGGCAGCUGCAACAACUACUUUGGCAGGCUCCAUGGCCAGUCUCUGGACGUAACGGCUGUUGACAUGGCACCCGGCCACCACUCCGUCCUGGCUUGCAACUUUUUGGAGCUGCCAAUCUCGCCUCACGGCAGUAGCUUCGAGCUUGAGCGUGGUCCUCUCGGUGGUCCAGGAUACGAGGCAAAAAGCCUGCCAGCUGGCCACUUCGAUGUCGUCAUCAUGGCUCUGUUUUUCUCGAUUCUGCCGGGCUCUGAAGCGCGAGGAAUUGCUGCAGCCAAAGCGCGGCAGCUCUUGAAUAAGACGCCUGGUCUGGGCCUCUUGAUCAUUGCUGAUACCAAAGGCACUGUUGGCCGACACGCCGACUCGGAGGCGAGGAACAGUGCUUGGGUGGCGGCAGUUGAGGCCAAUGGAUUCCAGCUUGCAAGAGAUCCUCAGCUACAUCUUUCAAAGGAACACGUGAAAGGAAGGCCUGGAUACUGGCAGCGUGCCUUUUGUUGGACUUUCGUCACAGCCCCUCCAGCCGAAAGCUGUGCGACUCCCAUCCCACUUCUUUCUGAUGCCCGGCCUCGCAGAAUAUCUCCUGAACGACUGCAGGCGCAGCAGAGGCGCCAGGCAAAGAAGCGAGCGCGAGAGCAGAAGGCACAGCUUAGGGAGCUGCUUGCCAACAGGGCGAGGACCUCCCCCAACCUGCUUGAAACCGUUUCGCAGCGGAACAAAAACGGUGGGGAUCAGUUCCCGGAUGUACUCAAGGCCAUCAAUAGCAGGCUGCGGCGGCCGGCAGUUACCAUUCACGACAUUCCAGACGAGCUAGAGGAAAUCGAGGUGUCCAUCGGGCUGUCCUCUACAUCAGGGGGUGAUUAUGUUUCAUGGAGCGAGUCUGCGGCCGAGCAAGCCAUGCAGGGUGCUGAAGGCCUGAUGCUUGGAGUUCUGACUUCGGAAGACCUCGGCAGCGGGGAGAAUAGAAAGGACCCUGCGCCAAUUUGUUUCCGGCUGAGAAUGCGGGAGAAAGGUUCGCAGGAGAGUGACGAGGACACGACCUUGGCCUGGAGAUCCCGCCUUGUGCCGCUGGUGGAGGAUCUCUGGGUCAGUGCUUUCGGUGAUUUCGACAACCGGAAGUCUUCGACUCCCGGGGCCGCACGAGUGCGGAAGGUGGACCCUUCUGGGUCGGUGGAGAUUGAUUUUGUGGAGCCGCAGGAGGACUUCUGCAUAGGCGGAGCCCCUCCAUCCGCUUUGGCCUGCACGCAGUGCUCGCAAAAGCUCGGUGGUUCGCAGGAGGAAACCCAUACAAUACCGUUUGCUUGGAUCGAGGCCGUCUGGGUUGCAGAUGGAAAGAGCUACCUCAAGGGUACCCCCCUGGCAUCACGCAUUGAAGAGAAGGCAGCGCGUUUUGAGCGCACGGGAGGGCGACCCAGUGUGGCGCUGUUGCAGAUUGAUGGCGACGAGACUGUGCAGGCCCGGGUGGACAGCAUGCGCAGGGAAUCCCUCGCAGACAGUGACAUCGCCAAUACUGAGUCGGUUGUGAGCCCACCUGACCCCAGCCUCGGGCAAACUCAUCCCUACAAUGCUGAAAGGCAGAGCGAUUCUCGUGCCAACAGACUGGACCAGAUGCGGCGCAUCGCAAUGGACUCUUUGCUCGGUUCCACGGCCAAUGAUGGCCAGGAAGAAGUAGAGGUCCAGGAUGAAGAGGACGAUGACCCUGCAGAUGCUGCCGACAUGGACAUGGAUGGUGGCUAUGCUCAUGGGAAGAAGAUGCAGCGCCUCAGGCGCUUGCACCGGACAUUGUUCUUUGCCAGGCAGAUGCAGAUCCCAGACUGGAUGCUUGUCCCACCGGAAGACUUAGCCGAAAGGUGGCUGGUACUUGCGAAGCCGGAAGGCGACAGGUGCUUGCUGCUGUCAGACGGUGGCCGGGUGCAGGUUCGACAGAAAAACGGUCUCAUUCUGGAAAAGUUCACUGAUUCGCGAUUUCCACGGGGUCUCACGAUUUUGGAUGCAGUGUGCAUAGAGGGGCCUCGGCCACAGAAGCCAGUGAGAAGCCAGAUGCAGGAUGAUUCUGCUCUUAGGCUCAGGGCCAUGGAGCAGAAUCCACCAAUGGAGGAACCCACCUCCCCGGUGGACGAUGCGCUCGAGUCGGAAGGCGACGACACAAUGGAUGGUGCCCAAGGCGGUAAAUCAUCGGGCAAAGGACGACGACGGAGACCGACAGGUAACCGCAAGUAUGCGAUCUGCGAUGUGCUGGUGUGGGGAGACAUGGACAUGGCCUGCACUGAAGCAGAGUUUCGCCUCUUCUGGUUGCAGUCUCGGUUUGAAGAAAUGCCGGAGAAAGCCCCACGUCGUGCACGGCCACUCCAGCUUGUCCAUGCCCUGCCGGCCACAUCAGAGUGCCUAAGGGAUCUCUACUCGAAGGAUUUUGGCUACUCCAAAGAUUCCUUGAUGUUCCUUCAUCGAGAAGGAAGGUACCAGAUCUCGGAAGCCGUGACCCCAGUAGCAAAGCUGUGGCGAGACCGUCACCUCAGUCGCUUCGUGGUGGACACGCCCGACGAAAAAGGUCAGGACUUGCCCUCCAAACAGUCCGUGGUUCUCGAAGUGCGUGGAGGUGGACGGCUGAGAACUGCAGAUCGCCACUUGGUUGCACAGUGCCGCGAGGAAGAUCUCGACAAGCUGCAAGGACAGGCGAAGAACAAGUCCCUGGUCCGUUGCGACAUUGAGGCGAUCGACGUGGUGAAUCGCUGCUUACAGGUGGUGCCUGUGGCUCAUGUUCCAGCACGUUCGCGCGUUUGGCCGGAUUCCUGGGCCCGCAUAGUCUUUCAGCACGCGGUCCGGGAUGAGGUUGCAGAACUGCAGUGGACCGACAUCUUGACCACAAAAGCUACGGUCUCCAAGGUCCAGCUGACUGCGCAUGAGAUUGUCGGCUUGAGGGCUGAGGUUGGUUACGAAGUUUCGGUGCAGGCGCUGACAAAAGGUGGAUGGACGGAUUGGAGCAUGCCGGGCUCCAUUCAGAUGCCGCGAAUCGGCUACGAGCAGGAGCAGCUUGUAAGCGAGCGAAAGGCCAAUGCCUUGUACCGCGCAGAUCUCCUGCCGCAGGCGGCUUACAAGGAAUACGAACGGUGCUGGGACUCGGUGGAGGAGUGCCUCACCGCAGAUCGGCUGGAACGCAUUCAGCAAGUGCUGAAUGCCAAGAAGGACCUGGCUCAAGAGUUCGACCUCGAGCUGUCCAGAUGGCUUGUUGACAUGGAGGGCCCCAUCCGCGAGAGCUCUCGGAUGCUCGAGGCAGAAGCAAGGGUUCUUUUGCGAGAUCUUGUCAACCGCAAGGCCAACUUGAACUAUAGAGAUCAAGCGACCGGCCGGGUUGCUCUCACCUAUGCCUGUGAGUACGGCUGGAAGGUGAAGCCGGGGAUCAUCGAGGAGCUCUUGCAACUCCGGGCAGAUGUGGACUCGAUGAAUGACGCUCGGAACACGGCGCUGGGAAUCGCUGCUUCCGGCGGUCAUGAGACCAUUGUGGAGGUAUUGUUGCAGCACGGAGCGGAUGCCACCGUCGUCAGCUUGCAGGGUGAGACGGCCCUCCUUCGAGCUCGGACAUUUCGAGGCAUGACGACUGCAAAGAUUCAGGGCAUCAGUCGUUGCAGGGAGCUCCUGCGGCAAAGUCGACUGCCUUGGGAGAGUUUUGAGGCCGCUGUGGCGAACUUGGCCGACGAUCCUCCGGCUGCUGCAAGGGCAUUCCUGGAGCUGGCUUUUCCAGGAGGGCCGAGCACCAUGUUCGUGGCAGACAAAGAGGUGAAGAGAAUCUCCAAACACGACAAGCUUCGACUGUACGAGCAGAUAUGCGAGAUUCGCGACAGUGACGACGGUGGGUAUGAGGAGGCAGAGCGUCGUGGUCGAUUUUGCGCACAGAGACUUUUGCUGCCACAGGUGCGUGCGGCAUCAUUGCAGCAGCCGCCAAAUAAAGAGUGCAACUACUUCGCUCGCUACCUGCUCCACAGUGGGAUUAUGAGAUGGUGCUUGCCGGAGGCGAAAAAGCUGGCUUCCGAGCUCCUAGCGCACUAUGCGAAGGAGCUCCAAGCCCGGAGACUUGCUUUGAAGAAGCUGCCCAAGCUCACUGAAGAGGCCGAGAUUUUCCUGGGAAGCAGGCCCAAAUUCGCUGGUCGCUCCCUCCAUCAGUGGCAUGCGCAUGACGACCUGCCGUGGCUGACACAACAAAAUGUGGUCGGAACCUUCGAGGCUUUGGUGCACAGUGGCGCCGUGGUUAGCAUGGAGGACUGCCCCCGCGAGCAAUUGCAAGAGAGAGAGAGAGAGACAGCGAGCAACAGAGCAUGUGAGACAGUUGCCAAAUCGUGCGAGUCUUUGCCGACUUGA